CAAUAAUCUAGGCCUAACACCGAGCAGAUUUGAGGUUACAGAAUUGGGUCAAUUUGAGUUGUGUCACACGGAGAACCAACCAUGUCGGACCGAAAGGCAGAGCUAGAGGCAAAGAAAAAGAGGCUGCAGGAAAUUAGGGACAUGAAAAAGAAGAAGGAUGAAGAUAAAAAGAAAAAAGAAGUGGCUGGCAAAGCCGCAGCAGCAGCUGCUGCAACCGCAUCACCCCUUUCAGAGUCUGACCUCGAAAGAAAGCGACGGGAAACAGAUGACCUUCUACGUGACAUUCUCCCCGAGGGUUCAUCGGUACCUUCUGCUGCUACUGCGAGUCCAAUUAAAAAUCAAGUGACCAAGUCCAAGGAUGAAAGUAUUUCCCAGCCGUUUGUUUCGCCUAAGAGAAAAAUAAAGCUGGGGAUGUCACCAGUAAAUGUGGCUGGAUUUCCCCCAAAGGAACUUGUCACAUAUGCUAAAGAGACUCAGACACCUGUUGAAGAAGAGGAAAAAGAUGAUAAAGAGGGAAGGCUGUGGGAAUGGCUGGGUAAAGAAAGGCAUCAUCGCAUGUAUGAAGAUGAUAUGGUACCAGAUUCUGUUGCUCAGCAACAAGAACCUGAGCAACCUCCUGAGGAAGAGAAAGUGGAGGAACCUGAAGUGGUUAAAGAGUUGUCAAGCGAUGAAAAACAGCAAAUCAUUAAUUCUAGUGAUUUCCAGUCGUUCUUUGACCGAGCUUCUCGAGUCAUGGAGAGAGCUUUGUUUGAGGAGAGCGACAUCUUCAUGGACUACACAGGUGAAGAUAGAGAUAGAGAGGGUGAUAAGGAUGCCAGUGCUAAGCUUUCACUUAAUAGACAGUUUUUUGAUGACCGCUGGUCAAGACAUCGUGUUGUAUCAAGUUUAGAUUGGUCAAAUCAGUACCCUGAACUUUUAGUAGCAUCUUACAAUAAUAAUGAGGAGUCACCCCAUGAGCCAGAUGGUGUUGCUCUUGUCUGGAACAUGAAGUACAAGAAAUCAACUCCAGAAUACAUCUUCCACUGCCAGUCACCUGUAAUGUCGGCGUCGUUUGCUCGUUUUCAUCCAAAUCUGGUUGUGGGAGGAACUUAUUCUGGUCAGAUUGUACUAUGGGACAACAGAAGCUACAAGAGGACUCCAGUCCAGAGGACACCGCUGUCGGCUGCAGCUCACACUCACCCCGUGUAUUGUGUGAGUGUUGUAGGGACUCAGAAUGCUCAUAAUCUAAUCAGUGUGUCAACUGAUGGUAAAAUGUGCUCGUGGAAUCUGGAUAUGCUCUCUCAGCCUCAGGACAGCAUGGAACUCCAACAUAAACAGUCCAAGUCUGUAGCGGUCACCUGCAUGGACUUCCCAACGAAUGACGUGAACAACUUUGUGGUCGGCAGCGAAGAAGGUGCCGUUUAUACUGCCAGUAGGCAUGGCAGCAAGGCAGGCAUUAAUGAGGUGUUUGAAGGCCACCAAGGUCCAGUAACCGGUAUUGAUUGUAACCAUGUCCAGGGCCAGAUUGACUUCUCUCACCUGUUUCUCACUUCCUCAUUUGAUUGGACAAUCAAGCUUUGGAGCACGAAGCAAUCAAAACCAGUUUAUUCAUUUGAGGAUAACAGUGAUUAUAUAUAUGACGUAAUGUGGUCACCAAUCCACCCGGCACUUUUUGCAUCUGUUGACAGCAUGGGUAGGCUUGAUGUCUGGAACCUUAAUAAUGACACAGAGGUACCUAGUGCUAGAGUGACGUUAGACUCUCAACCAGCAAUCAACAGGGUACGCUGGGCACACUCUGGCUACCAAAUAGCGGCUGGUGACGCUGACGGCCGUAUAUGGAUAUACGAUGUAGGAGAGAGUUUCGCAACUCCGCGAAUGGACGAAUGGUCAAGAUUUGUCCGGACAUUAACAGACAUCAAAGCAAAUGCUGCGGAUAUAGAGGCAGACAGUCUAAUGCGGUGAAACCGCCACCUCUUGCAGCAUGCUAUCAUCUAACCUAUGUUCCAUGUGCAUGUUUGUAAACUUAAUUCUGUGGCUUGAUGUGCAACUUUCAAGACUUAUCAGUGUUGCUAAGUCUGUUGAGCAUUUACAGUAAAAAUGGGUUAAUGUCCAUUCAAAAUGCAUUCAACCAUAUUUUAUUUAUUUAUCCACAAAACAUAUUUAUGUUGUAAAAACAAGAUUAUUCAGUUUUACUGUAAUAAUAAAAAGCAUAAGGAUUUAAUGUAUAAAAUUGUGGAUUUUACAAAAUUGCAUUGUAUUAUACAUUAAGAGGCCAUAUGUAAAUUAGCUAUUAACUUACCUAUGUUUUCAUGAGAAAGCAGAAUCUGUCGGUUUCACAUCUCAAGCACACAAAACGUUAGAAUAGUUCUGUGUAUAAUCACGCAUUUACUUCAAAGUGGGCUGAUCCAAGUCAGUAAAUUUUAUAUGUAACUGUUAUAAUAAUAAUUUCAGAAAAUUGUUAUUAUGCACAUUAAAAGUAAAGUGUAGAUUUAUGCCAUUCGCUAGUUAAGGAUUACACAUUUCUUAAGUACAGUAAUAACUUAGACAAAUUUUGUCUUAAACAGUCAAACAAAAAAUUGUUAAUACUGUAUCUGAUAUGUUAGAGCACCCCCAUGUGCUAGAAUAUCAGUACCAACAGUUGAGAUCAAUAUAGGAAUGAAAUUUUGAAAUCUUAUCGUACAUUUAUGAGUUAGUGUUCCCGGUUUUAUACCUCAAUCCUUAAGAGUUUGUGCUUAAAAUUUAUUUGAUUCCUGUGGGAUACAUUUUUAUGAUUUGACCUGUGGCUCAGUGCUUAAGAUGCUUGCCUUCCAAUCCUGGGGUCCUGGGUUUUCCAAAGACACCCACUGCCCAAACCUCUUAAUGAGACCUAGUUAAUAUGUAGAGCAUCAUGUGUAUAUAUUGGCCUUGUGAAAGAGAUUGCCAUUUAUAAAAUAAUUAUGUCAGUGAUGAUGAUAAUUAUUGGAAAUUCUUGGCCCAUAUACCUAAGUGAAUAAAAAAAAAUAGGUUACCCUUCCCCUCCCCAUCCUAGAUAUAGUGAAAUAGUGAAUUUAUUCAUUUUCACAUGAUAUUCAAACCCAAUAUCUUCUAUGUCGGCAAUGGAUCUUGCAUUCUACAUGAAAAUCUGAUCAAAUAUACAGUUCAUUGGAAAGUUCUGGUUUGGGUUUUAUUCAACACUUUCUGUAACUUCAAUAUUAUUGUUCGAUUUUAAUCCACACAGCCCAUCCACAAGGAUGUGCUGCCUUCAGUGAAUCCACACAGUUAAUCCACACAGCCCUCCUACAAGGAUGUGCUGCCUUCAGUUUUGUUUAUGUGGGAUGGCAGUUUGUUUUGGUAUAAAUUGAAUUGUUGAAUAUAGAUGUAGAAUGCACCUAAAAUCCAAGUAUGUAAAUUAUAUAAUAGUGAUAUUUAAUUAUCAAAAUAGAUUAUAUUUGUUUUAAAUUCCAAACUUUUAUGGUUGAUUUUUAUCAUGUAGUGAUAAAUUUAAAUUAUUAUUAUUAUUAUUAUUAUUAUUAUUACUAUUUUUAUUAUUAUUAUUCUUAUUAUUAUUAUUAAAUAUAUACCAUCUAUGUUGACCUAAAAUAUAAUAAUAAUAGUAAAUGACAUUUAUAAAGCGCUCAACACCAGUAAGCCAACCCCAGAGCACAUACAAAAAAUUAAAAUUAAAGUAUAUAUUGAUGAGUUCAUUUGUUUAAAGUUAUUAGCUUUUAUUUGAAAAUUUGAAUGGGAGAAUGUUUCUCUCUCCAUUUAACAGGUGCGUACAUAGUAUUGUUCCUAUAAUGUUGUCAUUGACCCUAAUUUCUGGUAAUCAAUUUAUGGACUUUUGUCUAAAUUAUAAAUUAGAAAGUUCAUAACCUUUUUGAUUUUUAAAAUGAUUAAUUCAACAUUUAAAUUCCAUUUUGAAGGAUUUUUUUCAAUAUUUUAUGACAGAUGUUAUAUCUUGAAACACUUAUGUUAAUUGAUUUAGUGGUGUUUUUUUUUAUUCUUGGUUUCUAAUUGUGAAAUAUAUUGCUACCAAAAUUGUAACUUCAUAUAGAGUAAAAUAACAUUGGUUGAGCGGAAAGAGUAUGAGAAAUAAAAAUAUGUAUGUCGACUCAAA